AUGACCUACACAACAGACGAACCCUUACGGGCCACCGAUGCCGCCGGCUCCCCGAAGUCAAUCAAGUCGGCGGGGUCCCGAGCCGGCACACGCUCCCCGCGAUCACCACCGCAAGCUUCAGGACCCGGGUCCCCUGCUGGAGCUGCUGGAACAGAUGAAGCUGUCGAAGCAGAAGACACUCAUCCUGAGUUAGAAGCUGAAUCUGAUCUUGGUAGCGACACCGCUUCCAACUAUGCCAGUGACGUUUCCGAUACCUCGAGUGCGACAUCUUCGAUCUUUGACUACGAAUAUGAAAAUGGGCGUCGGUACCACGCAUACCGAGCUGGACAGUAUCUCUUGCCCAACGAUGAGACCGAGCAGGAACGCCUUGACAUGACACAUCAUGUCUUCUUAUUGACUCUGAAAGGCGAGCUUUGUGCAACUCACUUGGAUAAUCCCCAAAAGAUCCUCGAUAUUGGCACCGGCACUGGUAUUUGGGCCAUUGAGAUUGGCGACGCGUUCCCUUCAGCGGAGGUUACUGGAACGGACUUGAGUCCGAUUCAACCGAUUUGGGUUCCACCAAAUGUGCGCUUCGAGAUUGACGACGCCACCCUAGAGUGGACAUUUCCGAAGAACCAUUUCGACUUCAUCCACGCGCGUACUCUUGCUGGCGCGGUGCAAAACUGGCCAGCUCUCAUCCACCAAUGCUAUGAACACAUCAAGCCGGGAGGCAGCAUCGAGAUCUCGGAAGGCAGAGCCAAUUUCUUCUGCGAGGACGACACUCUCAAGGGGGACUCGGCAACAUGGCAGUGGCUUAGCGAGUUCAGGAAGCUGAGCGCCCCGCUGGGUUUUGACAUUGCCCCUGCACUUCCUGACAUGCUAAAAAGCGAAGGCUUUGAGACCGUGAAUUACAUGCAGAGAGUCGUCCCCAUGGGUACUUGGCCCAAAGACCGAGAGCUGAAGGAAAUUGGCCGGUGGUUCAGAGUCCAGUUCCUGGAGAUGGCUUUGGAAGCAUACACUCUUGCCUUGUUUACCCGUGCCGGUAACUGGAAGAACGAAGAAGUUCAGGUUCUACUGGCUCUGGUGAGAGAAGAGCUCAAGUCGGAUAAGAUACACUUGUACACCUACACGUAA